AUGGAGAGUCAGACAGGCAUCACACACAGCAGCCAAUAUGCACUGCCAGCCAGGCGAGUAACCACCACACACAACAGCCCGUGUGCACUGCCAGCCAGGCGAGUAACCAUCACACACAGCAGCCAGUGUGCACUGCCAGCCAGCUGGAAUCAGUACAAUGUUUUGACUGAGGUAUUGGAAAAGCCUAUGAGCAUGUUAUCAUUUGAAUAUAUGAGUAAUAGUGGCCAUUCCAGCUGCUCCAGGCUCCAGCAGAGGAGGAGCGGGGCGGGUCCAGUUGGGGGCCAACAGGCCUGGCGCGCUCGCAUCCGGAGCCCACCCAGACCAUGUUCUGCAGCCUGGGCGCCCAAGCUGCAGUCCGCUCUGUGUGCAGGCAGCAGCCGCCUGGCAACUCCCGAGCCUGCUCGCACUCCCAGCAUCGCAGAACCAGGACCAGGUGUACCGGGGGCCGCGGCCAAGCCAGGCAUUCUGCCCGGCGGCGGCGGCUGCACAGGGUCGAGAACUGAGAACCUGGCGCUCAACCCCAUCGGGCUGAAAAGACAUAAGUACAUGGGACAGAAUGGAAAUCCAGAAACACUGAAAUACAUGAGUGCUCUACAUUUGGCCUGUGCGCAUGGCUGUGUGGAAGUGCUCACUCUCUUGCUGAGCAGAAAAUGCCAGAUUGACAUCUGUGACAGACUGAACAGGAUGCCUUUAAUGAAGGCUGUACAUUGCCAGGAAGAGACGUGUUCCAUUAUUCUGCUGGAACAUGGUGCCAAUCUAAACAUUAAGGAUGAUGUCUACGGCAACACUGUUCUUCAUGAUGAUGUGUAUAAUAAGGGGACUUCACUGGCAGGAAAACUGCUUUCCCACCAUGCAAAUAUUGAAGCACUAAACAAGGAGGGAAAUACACCACUUUUGCUUGCUAUAAUUUGUAAGAGACAGCAAAUGGUGGACUUUUUAGUAAAGAACCAGGUAAAUGUACAUGCUGUUGAUAAUUACAUCCAACAACAAAUUUUGGAACAUAAAAAUAAGAUACUUUAAAAUGAUCUUCAAAACGACAGUCAAGAAACAACAGCUAUGAAGCCUGCAAAUUUGUAAAAAGAAGAAGGUGCAAAAGCAGAACACGACUUAAAAGUGGCUUCAGAGGAAAACCAAGAAAUGCUUGAAAGAAGUGAAAGUAAACAGCCACAGGAUUUUCAAAGUUAUGGAAAAAAGAAGGAUGUGAUAUAUACAAAUUGCAUGCUGAAGGGAGAUAUUGCCACACUCAGAUAGGAAUUAUAUGUAAUAAAAAAUGACAAUCUCAAAAAGGAAAAGGAAUAUAUUCAGGAAAUUAAAAGUAUUAGAGAAAUAAAUGCUAACUUUAAAAAGAGUGCAAGACUCAAUGAGAAAAUAACAAAAAAAAGGUCCCAGUGUUGGCAACAGCUUAAUAACCUCAAAGCUGUGAAUACAAGGCUGAAUUCAAAAUUGGAGAAGGAAAAACACCGCACAGACAGACUGGAAGCUGAAGUUGAAUUCCUCCAUUCUAGACUGGCUGCUGCUAUGAAUGAGCACAAUGAAAGUGUAGAAACAAAAAGUCUAGAAUUCGUUUUACAGAGAGCAUAUAAUUUUUCUGUGCAUAAAAAAAUGAGUUCUACUAUUUCUCAACUAAAAGAUAAAAAUGAGUUGCUUACUGAACAAUUUUCUAAAGCUGGGAUGAAGUUAAAUACCUUAAAAGGUAAGCUCCAUGAGACAAGAGAUGCUCUCAGGGAAAAGACAUUGGCUUUAGAAAGUGUGCAGAUGCACCAGAGGCAAGCACAGCAUCGAAUAAAGGAAAUGGAGCAGGUGCAUCCAAAUGAGGAAGCUACGAGUCAAUCCACCGGAAAGCACAACUGUGUAGAGGAGAGACUGUGUCAACUAGAAUGUGAAAAUCUCUUGCUUAAACGACAACUAGAGGGUGCUCAUAAGGAAGGCAAUGAUAAAGAGAUAGUAAUUAAUAUCCAAGGAGGCUAUCUUGAGAGUGGAAAGAAAGAUCUUCUAGAAGAGAAAAAUAAGAAAUUAAUGAAUGAAUAUAAUUCUAUAAAAGAAAAACUUUCAGUAUGUAAAAGAAGAAGCAGAGGAGAAGUGACUCUAAGGCAACUUCAAGAACAACUGGCCAGUCACCUUAAAAAUUGUAUGUCAGAGUCUCCACUGGAAGAUACAUCACAUUGUCAUCUUAAUUUGGAUGAGACACGGGCUUCAAAGAAGACAUUAUUUCAAGUAGGAAGUCAACCUGAAGAAGAAAAUGAAGAAUUAAGAAAAUUUUUUGAGUUAAUAUCAUCACUGGAGUAUAAUGUGGAUCAAAUAAGGAAGAAAAAUCAUGAAUUAGGAGAAGAGGCAACUGGAUAUAAGAAGUGCCUAGAAAUGACAAUAAAUAUGUUUAAUGUGUUUGUAAAUGAAGACUUCAGUUUCCAUGAAGACUUAAAAACAGCUCAACUGAAAAUGGAUAUUCUGGUUAAGAAGCUAAAACAUCAGGAGUCUGUGGCCAGCUUAUACCUUACUUAUUCUAAGACAUGA